UAUUCGCCUCGCAUCGUCUGCUAACUAUGGUUGCGCGCCCGCGCCUUCUUUCUGUUAUCUUGUUAGGUGCAUGAGAAAUCGAUCGUAGAAACCCAAACGGGAAAGGUAUUUCUGUAAUGUUAUUGUAAGUAAAAUAUAAGUAAGCAAGUGUCCAUUAACAUGAAGACAUCGAGAGUUUUAGAAAAUUCAUUGUGAUAACUCCAGAUGAUGGUGUCUUCUGAACUAGAGCAAGUGUUUCCCCAUCGUUAUUUGCUAUUAGAGUUGACUACUCACUGCUGUUCCUUUUGUGUUCAUCUGCGAUCAAAGUGCAUCGAAGGACAAAACUACGAUGAUACAUGAGUGAAUGUGGAGCUGCGGUGGAAUGAUAUUGACAGGGGAAAACCGAAGAACUCUGAGAAAAACCUGUCACAGGGUCACUUUGUCGACCACAAAUCCCACAUGGACUGCCCUGGGCAUGAAGCCAGGCCUUCAUGGGCUGAUCUCUUGACGCCAAGUGUUCUGCAGCCGCUGACUGGACCAGUAUAACAGUCCUGUCAAGUGUGGCUUUGCAUCGGGUUGUCCCAUCAUGGGUAGUGCUUCCUCUAAAUUCAAGAAAUAUCUCCAACAUGGAGAUGAAUUUGCAGCAAUGCAGGUAUUCCAAAGUUCUCCAGAACUGCGGAAGAACUUGGAUCCUAAUCUCAGUUAUGGAGAUAGCCAUCAUCAUAAUACAGCACUGCAUUAUGCUGCUAGACAUGGCAUGAAACAUCUUCUUAGGACAUUUUUGAAUGACCUGGGUGGUAAUCCAAACAAGAAGAAUGCUUGCAAUGAAACAUCGCUGCACGCAGCAUGCCAGUUGAGUCAGCAGAAGUCUUUCUCAGCUCAGGAGCGACGUGCAGCGUGUGUGGCACUUCUGCUGCAGUGGAGGGGGGUUCCCCUUAACAGUGGGGGGCGGGAACGUGUCGACCUUCAGGCUCAGGACCAGAAAGGCAACACUGCGUUGCAUUGUGCUGCCACAUCAGGCUUGAAGCGCUGCGUGGAACUGCUUCUGAACCACGGUUCUCCUCUCUUCAUCGAGAACCAUGACAAGUUUACACCUUGUGAUAUGGCUAUGCGGAGCAACCACCAUGACAUUGCUCAGCUCCUUGAGUCUAGGAUGGUUUUUGCUGACAGUAGUGACACUAUAAAUGAAGCUGAAUUGUAUGGCCCAGGAGAACAGGAGGAGGUAUACAGUGGGCUGAGAACCCAGGACCUUCAGGAGGCAAAGGAUCAGCUGCUGGUAGAGACAUCAGACAUGCUGCACAUCCCAUUGUUCACUGCAGAGGCUUUGUUACGAGACAAUGAAUGGUCACGAGAAACUCUUCUGGAGAAAUGGAUGAAAGACCCGGUGCAGUGUUGCCAGUUGGCUGGUGUACAACCUCCAACUUCCGCGUUGCAGCAUUGUGGUUCAGAACCAUCAGCUGUUACAAUGGAGUACAAUAAUGCAGAGCCAACUAGUACCAUCCAGCAACAAGGCACGACCAAGUCGUAUGGCGAAAGUAUCUGUGAGAUCUGCAUGCUGGCGAUGCCGUGUUGGGACCGAUCAGUUCUCAUGUCGUGCAAUCACCGAUUCUGCACAUCCUGCUGGGAGAGUUACCUCACAGUCAAGAUUCAAGAUGGAGAUGCUCACCACAUCCUGUGUCCUGCCUAUCAGUGUCAUAUUCUUGUGCCUGUGGAAGUCAUUGAAAAAUUAGUCAGCCCUGAUAUGGCACGCAGAUACCUUCAAUUUGACAUCAAGGCAUUUGUCGAGAGUAACCGCAGCAUCAAGUGGUGCCCCAUGCCGGGUUGUGGCCAUGCUGUGCAUCUGCCUGAGACAGAGCAGACGCAGCCUAGUGACAUCCUGCACAAUAUUCCUUCAGCCAAACCUCCAUUGCUCACAUCUCAUGCAGUUGAUUGUGGAAAUGGGCACUUCUUUUGCUGGGAAUGCCUGGGUGAGGCCCAUGCUCCAUGUGGUUGCAGUCAGUGGCAGCAUUGGCAACAGAAGAUUUCAGAGGUGAAACCAGAAGAAUUGCGUGCCUCUUGCAUCGAAACAGAAGAUGCUGCUAACUGCCUCUGGCUCGUUACCAACUCGAAACCCUGCCCCAACUGCAAAUCACCCAUUCAGAAAAAUGAAGGAUGUAACCACAUGAAGUGUUCAAAGUGCAAAUUUGAAUUCUGUUGGGUGUGCCUUGAGAACUGGAAGAAGCAUAAUUCUGGUACUGGAGGCUAUUUCAGGUGUAACCGUUUUGAGGCAGUUCACAAGGCAGACGAGAAGCAAGGGAUUCUCAUCAGUGAAGCAAUGCUGAGGAAUCAACAGAUGCAAGAGUUAAACCGCUUCCUGCAUUACUACACAAGAUUCCGUAACCAUGAGAACAGUCAGAAGUUGGAAGAGCCGUUGUUGAACAACGUGCGUCAGAAGAUGGAACUCCUUGCAUCUUCACUCGGCAAAGGACAGAAAGGUGAAGAAAUGGGAGAGAAAGAGACCAGAUUUGUGGAGGAUGGCGUGCGAGAAUUGUUAAAGGCGAGAAGAGUUCUUUGUGGCUCGUAUGUGUAUGGAUACUAUCUGGAGGACAAUGGAUACAACAAAACUAUCUUUGAAUUCAUGCAGAACGAACUUGAAGUGAUGACUGAAAGGCUUUCUGAAAUGGUAGCCACACCUUAUAUGCGCUCACCUCGCUCACUUAUCAUCGAGACAACCACAGUGGCGCGGCGGAAGCGUCAUGAGUUUGUUCGUGCCGUAUCUAAAGGACUAAUUCCCCCUGAGACGCCUCCUACACUGCGAAAAGUUCGAAAGAGGAGAUUUCCUGGGCUUAUGGCUAUGGAUCCAGUUGAUGAUGAGCAAAUGUCUCACGCUAUUGCUGCCUCUCUGAAGGAUCUGGAUCCAAACAAUCCGUGGGUUAAAGAUUCUCAUGGCCGUCACACCAACUUGAGUGCCAUAUAUGACUGGCCUGAUUUUGACUCUGAUGAGGAGGAGACUGAAGUUAAUCGUGCCCUAGCAGUGAGCUUGCUUGGGGAAUGUGCUCGGGUGGGAUGCAGUCGUCCAAGAGCACGAAAUCCUCGCACUUCAGCCAUUCAUGAUUACUGCAGUUUGCGAUGUAGCCGUGCUGCAAGACUAGGUACAGAAGAUGAUGUCUACGGUGUGAAUGUAACAGCAGAUUACAACAUGGAUCUAGUAAUAGCAUUGGAGAUGUCAAGGCUUCAGAUGAUAGAAGACGAAAUGAAGAAACGUCAGCGUGCGGAUGAGGAUGCUGCCAGCAAGUCCCAGCAGAUGCCUGAUGACUCAGCAGGGCAGGCUGGCACUAGUGUUGAGUCUAAUAAUGCUCCAGAAGGAGCAGAUGACCAUCAGUUAAAGCUAGCAAUCCAACUUUCUUUACAAGAAACAUCAAAAAGAAUUGCUAAAAGCACAUCUGCGGACCCAUCAAUUGGAGGUGGUAUAUGUGCUGAACAGGAACAUUCAUCAGAUGGAAAUAUAAUUACAGAUGUUGCUCCCAAAACAGAUGAUGAGGAAAAUACAGACAUUGCCUCACUGAUCUAUCAUAAAACCAGUGCUGACUUGACAGUGGAUUACUUCCUCAAGAGUUUAGCCGGGCGCCAAAUUGACCUUAAGAAUCUGGAUCCUGGUUCAAACUUGUUUUCUCCAGAUGGUGGUAGUGAAGGGAGUGAAGUAAUCUGGGGUUGUGGUGUUAGCAAGACCCUUGCUGACAAAGAGUUGUUGAUUGGUUGUGGAUUUAAACCCUGCGUUGCAGAAGAUGGAAGGUUUGAAAUUGGAGAUAUCCAUGAAAAUGGAUGUUUCAAUGAUGUUGAUGAAUAUGAUGAAACAGAUUCACGUCUCCUCAAGCGAUCACAUUCGACGGGCGAUCUGUGUACGCGAGGUCGUCGGGGACCCAUGCAUGGUGGAGUUGUUGGCUGCGGUGAUGAACCAAGAUACCACCUUGACUCAGAUCACAGCAGUCAACAUGAAGAGAAGCCUGAAGACAUUGCUAAAAGAAUACUGGCUUUCCCUGCAGCUGCUUCGUCUGGGAAAUCCAUGGCCGGACGACACUUUCUCUUACUUCAUCACCACAGUGGUGGUAGCAAUGGACAUGGUGGAGGAGAAACAUCUCUUGCCAACUCAGAGGAUGGUGCCAGUAUCUGCUAUGGUGGCCAGUCCUCUGUUGAGGAUACGACGACAACUUCUGAUUCUCUCAAUGCAGAUCUUGAAGUCUGUGGAAUUCUAGGUACCACCACAGAAGAUGACGAGGAAGGGAAAGGUUAUAUUGAGGAUGAAAGCAGUGGUGCCAACUCAAGUAGCACAGACAGAAAUUCAUUUUCAGAACGUGAAAUAAAGCCUGUGUUGAGCUCAGAAAAGAGUGGCUCAAAUAAUAUCUUAGAUACAAAAGUUAAAAUAGGUAAAGAUAUAGGAUUAAUGAGUGGAAGAGGUAGUAGCAUUCCAAUUGUUACAUCUGGUGGAACAUCAAGUGUCUCUUCAGUGAAGUCAUUGGCUGCAAAUUCUUUGCUUGAAGCUCACCGUAAAGCAUUCAAAGCUGCGGGAGGCAAGGCUGGAUGUGGAGGUGGAUCAUCAAGUUUGCGUAUUCGUAUUUGUAAAUCUCCUAAUAAUAUCAAUUCCAGCAUUUCUGGUAGCACCAUGAGCAGCACUAGUAAUGGGCGCCAGUUGGAGACAGACAGUUCCAAUGAAUAUGAGUCUGAAACUGGUAUACCAAAAUCACCUACGCUCUUUAUUAGUGGUGUUUCUAUCAGUCGUACACCUGAACCAAGGUCACCUGCAAUUGUAACAACAAACUCUUUUGUAGGUCGUCAGUCCCGCUCAUCCAGUCUCACUGUUCCGCCACCCCCACCUUUAGCACCUCCACUGUCCAACACUAUCCUUGGAUCAUCAAGCAUGUCCCUUAACACUACCACCACAACUAUUAAUUCAGCAUACCCAGAACCUCAACCUGCACUGGUGAUGAAAUCAUCCAGUCCUGUGAACUUUACUUCAGCUUGUACAACUCUAACAAGUAACACUGUGGUCAUUACUCCUCCACCUCUGCCACCCCUCCUUCCUUCACCAGGCUCCCCUGUAAACAUUUCUGGUCCUAAUUCAGGUGCUCCAUCUCCGAUUUUAACAUCGGGGAAUGGAAGCUCUAUAGGUAUCUUAUCAAGUACCACUCAGACUUCUAGUAACACUACAAUGAAUGCAACA